AUGUCCUCGACAACUACAACUACUACCCAAAUCGCCAUCGAAGGUUCCCCGGGCACCAAACAGCCCAAACAAACGACCGAGAUAACACACACAAGCAAUUCCCCAGCUGGCCUCAGUGCCUGCGGAACAGGAGGAUACCCGAUUCCCGGGAUUCCCAAAUUCAACGAUCCGUUCAAAAAGCGCCAAUGGCAGUUAGAACACAUGGCUGGUGCGUUCCGGGUGUUCGCGCGCAAGGGAUACACGGAAGGAAGCGCUGGACACAUCAGUGUUCGCGACCCCGUGGACCCGAAUACCUUCUGGAUUAAUCCCCUAGGAGUACAUUUCGGCAUGCUCAAAGCCAGCGACAUGGUGCAUGUGAACGAAGAAGGCCAAGUAAUUGGCGGCAACAAAGUAGCCGUUAACGCUGCAGGCUUCAUGAGUCGCAGUGCGAUCCAUAAAGCGCGACCGGAUAUAAACGCUGCCUGCCAUGCGCAUUCACCAGCCGGGAAGGCAUGGUCUACUUUUGGCCGACCGGUGGAGAUCCUGAACCAAGAUAGCUGUAUCUUCGUUGGUAUUCAGCGAGUGUAUAACACGUUUGGUGGCGUUGUCCUCGAGAAGGAAGAGGGUGAACGGCUAGCCGAGACUCUGGGCCAGGAUGGUCGAGUCGCUAUACUCCAAAACCACGGACUGUUGACAGCUGGAAGCACAGUUGACGAGGCUGCCUAUUUGCUUACCUCGUUGGAGAGAACAUGUGAAGUCCAGCUGAUGGUUGAAAGUACCGGAAUACCCAAGAUUAUAGUUGGAGACAAAGAGGCUGAAUAUACGGCAAAGGUCAACGCAGAUCCGGAGACACUGUAUUAUGAAUUUCAACCAGACUUCGAAUAUGAGAUCUGGAAGUCACGCGGGGAGCUGUCUAAAGGAAUUUAG